UCUUAGCGUCUGUCUCAGCUCGCCCUCCUAUCUGUCCGUCUGUUCCUCACUUUUUGUGUUUGUCUGCUUCAGCUGUCGUGUUCGCUUACUUUCAGUGUUUGCCUUUUACUUUUUCUCUAUUCUCCCUAAGAUAUUCUUUCUUCUUUUGUCACUUUCGUGGUGAAGCUUCGGCAUCGUGUCUUCCUUUCACUUCUGGUUUCAGCUGACAACACUGCAGGCUAUUUUUUAUUUUUUCACAACUCCUCGUCCUUCAGUUUGUUCCCGUGCUGCUACUUGACUAUUUAUCGUGCUGACCUUGGCGCUUUUCCUCUCCACAUCUCCUCAUCGCCUUUUGUUCCUGCCGCUACCUCACCUGCAUCUCGCCUUCACCUCCCGUGCAGCAUCCCUUCAUCCGCCUCUCUUCCACUCAGGCUCGUCUUUUCUCUGAGUAGAUCUGCACUGCUGUGCAAUGGGAAAGACAGAGCUGCAUUCUCUGUUUAAGGGUUUUCUGGACUGUAUUUGCCUCUGCCUUUCUAGAAGAAGCGACCGGGCUGCAAAUGACAGUGAGAGGGACUCUGAAAAUGGUCACCUGAUCUACAAAAGUGGUGACGUCCUUGAAGACAGAUAUGAGAUAGUCGACACUUUAGGUGAGGGGACCUUUGGGAAAGUGGUUCAGUGUGUGGACCACAGCAGAGGAGGAAAUCAAAUUGCAUUGAAGAUCAUUAAGAACCAGGACAAAUACAGAGAAGCAGCCAAAUUGGAAAUCAACGUCCUGGAGAAGAUCAGUGAGAAGGAUCCGCACAACAAACAUAACUGCGUGCAGAUGCUCAACUGGUUUAACUACUACGGCCAUGUGUGCAUCUCCUUUGAGCUGCUGUCUCUCAGCACAUUUGACUUCUUGAAAUCAAACAACUUCCUGCCGUAUCCAAUUAACCAGAUCCGACACAUGGCCCAGCAGAUCUGCCACGCUGUCAGCUUUCUCCAUGACAACAAGCUGACUCACACUGACCUGAAGCCUGAGAACAUCCUCUUCGUCAACUCGGACUACUCCCUCAUAUACAACGCCGAGAAGAAGUGCAAUGAAAGGCGGGUAAACGACACCACGGUGCGGCUCGUCGACUUCGGCAGCGCCACCUUUGACCACGAACACCACUCUGUCAUCAUCUCUACUCGUCACUACCGAGCCCCAGAGGUCAUACUUGAGUUGGGUUGGAGUCAACCGUGUGAUGUGUGGAGUAUCGGCUGCAUCCUGUUUGAAUACUACAAAGGGUUCACACUCUUCCAGACUCAUGACAACAAGGAGCAUCUUGCUAUGAUAGAGAGAGUACAGGGACCGAUUCCUCAGAGGAUGAUUCAGAGGAGCAGAAAGCAGAAGUAUUUCCACCGUGGACAUCUAGACUGGAACGAGUGCUCCAAAGCCGGACGCUACGUCAAAUCCAAAUGCAAGCCGUUAAGGGAAUACUUGUUAUCACACGGGAGAGAACACCACCAUUUUUUCGAUCUCCUAGAGAGGAUGCUGGAGUACGAGCCCUCAAAGCGUAUUUCUCUUUCCUCCGCUCUGUGCCAUCCUUUCUUCCAGCCCCUCCAUCAUCCAGGAAGAAGUCAGGGGUGGAGGAACAGCUGUGACAUGAGCAGAUGACCUUUGGUAGACACUUAACCAUAUGUGGACCAUAUGGUGAGGGUGUUUGCAAGUUUAUUUGUAAUUUAAGCUUUAAAAAUAAGAGGUUUAAGUUAUUUGAGUUAAACACUGAAAUGACAGCUAACAGUGAAAGAGAAAGUCUGAAAGCAUCAUUGUAAGCAGCUUCUCAGAUAAAAGAAGUUUGAACAGUUACAGCUGAUUGAGCUGGAAGAGAGAAAAGAGAAGCAUCAUCCUUUCAAGUAGGGAAAAAAUUUAUUUAGCAGACACGUUUGUCUAAAGGUGCUAGCAAUUUUUUUCUGAGCAUAUUAUUUUUAUGUUUGUUUGCUUUUCUAUGUUUCUGUUAAAAUUGUCUUAAAAUUGUUUACAAGCUUGUUAAGUAUGGAAAGACUUGACAAAUGCAACCUACGUGACAUUAUAAAAAUCCAACAGUCUCAGCCUUAAUGUAUCCCCCAGAACAGAAGCAUUUUAUUUUGAGGUAAUGAGUCUCUAGAUAUUAAUUAGAAUAAAUGUGAUUUUUUUUAAGUGUAAUUUUCUAGUGUGUAGUUUUAAUUAUACAAAACAUUAAAAAA